AUGGUGCUUGAUAAGAAUGACAAUGCACCGUACAUGGUUUCCACGAAAUCUAAUCCAGAUCCUAAACAAUGGAGAUCUGAGAAGAAGAUACUCCUUGCAGAAUUUGCAGUCACUCCCGACGAACUGCAUUCUAUGGGAGCCUGUGUCGACUUUCCCUUCGCCUUCUUCGAUGAUGAUGACUCUGCUACCAAUGGCAACGUCACAGUCAGCCUCGAUGAAAACUCCCACUUUACUCUAAACGAAAAAGCUAAUCGUAUUUGCGUGAAGUCAGACAAACAGCCACCACUAGGACGCUAUUCCCUAAACAUACUGGCUCACGACAAUCCGACGGAUCCGGUUCACCGACUCACAAAACGUUUUCCUUUAAGGAUACUGGUACAAAGCCCCAAGACAGAGAUUAUGGGCGUGGAAAAAUCAGUUGGAGAGGAGCGUACAAAUGAAUUGUCGUCGGGGCCGCCAUACAAGGUCGGGCUACUUAGUCCUUAUGACACUGAUGGCGCUGCAAAUCAGAUAUCGGAAACCAAACCAAGAACGCAUGACCCUUCACCCGGAGCCCGCAAACGUCUUCCACCAAUCAGCAACGGAAAGGGAGAGUAUCGUAACGUUACCAUUAUAGCUGUGCUGGUUUGCAUGGCUUGUGUGCUCUGUCUCAUCCUGCUGGCCAUUCUACUCUUUCUGAGAAAAUGUACUCCAUCCAGAAGGACGCUUUCGAAAAGUGAGUACCGCUUCCUGCAUGACAGCAGAAGUGCCUCUUGUAUUGGUCAGUAA